AUGUUUAAUCACCAUCACCAGUCGACGCUGUUGCUUGUUUUAGCCACAGCCAGCGGACUUGUAGUCGGCGACACAUAUCAGUACGAUUCAAGUGUCGGAACCACAAUCCCAGAUGUCGAUGACAAUUACACCAUUAGCCUUUUUAGAAAUGGCCUCGCUCACCCAAAUGCGACUCGCUCCGUCGAAUUCAACCCCUUUGCGAAAAUCUCAGACUUGAUCAACACUUCCAGUCCAUUAUAUCAGAACUGGAACCUGCACUUUUCAGUCCCCAACGCGGCCAACAUUGCCGAGAAUGAGACCGACUUUGCGUGGUUCGAGACAACCUUUGUGGACCCUCACAUUGUCGACUACUCAUACGGCCUAUCCUGGCCCGGCGGCGGCAGUCUGGAAUCGGCGCUGCCGGAAAACGUCAGCCACAUGUGCUUCACCACGCUCGACAUGUGGGGCACGCCGGACAACGUGAGCAACCUGCUGAGCCAGCAAGACGCCGACGACAGUACCGACUGCUCCUUUGUGCUGGGCACCGAGUGCGUCAGUGCCAUCGAGGACGCCGUCCGCACCGACCCGUGCCGCGGCGUGGAGGAGGCAUGGACGAGACUAGACGCAUGUGCCGAUACCCUUAGCUACGCGGCCGCGCAGGACUAUAAUAAUAAAUACGGAACCACUCUCACCCAGGCCCUGUCCAAUAAUGGCACGCACAGCGGCGAUUCCUUCUGGGGCGGCUGGAGCGGUGCUCACAAUGGCUCCGACACAUCCGCAUACGACAGAAUCACGACGGGACUGCGGGUCAUGACCUUUUCCCCCGUGGUCACAAAUGGUAAUGUCAACGUUUCCAGGGCGCAGGUGGUUUGUACGAGGAUCGACGCGACGCAGGUUGAGGAGCAAGACAACAGCGACAAUGACGACGAUACCAGUGCGGGCUGGUCAAUCAGGGCCAGUUCAGGGAUCGCGACGCUGUUUACCUUGGGUUGGGUUGUUGCGGCUGCCUGCGCUGCUUAG